AUGAAGGAAUGGAAGCUACCUCUGGGCCUGGGGCGGGUCGGGACCAUCAUAAAAGCCAGCCCAACUCCUCACUGCCUCAUUCACUUCUCUCACCUCCUCCUUGGGAACCAGGUGCACCUCCAGCCUCAAGACAUGUCCUGCUACGACCAGUGCCUGCCAUGCCUGCCAUGCCGGCCCUGUGGCCCGACCCCACUGGCCAACAGCUGCAAUGAGCCCUGUGUCAGGCAGUGCCAGAACUCCACUGUCGUCAUUGAACCCCCUCCCGUGGUGGUGGCCCUGCCUGGCCCCAUCCUCAGCUCCUUUCCACAGAACACCAUUGUAGGAUCCUCCACCUCCGCUGCUGUUGGCAGCAUCCUCAGCUGUGACGGAGUGCCCAUCACCUCUGGCUGCUGUGACCUCUCUGGCAUUUCCAGCCGCUACUGCGGCAGAAGGUGUCCCCCCUGCUAA